AUGUCUGGGCGGCGCCCGGACUGGUCGGGCGCGCAGCGCGACCGGUCGCGCUCUCCCCAGCCGCACCCCCACAGAUCCCACGACAAUCGUCACUGGCGCGACAGACAAGACUCGAACCGCGGACGGGACCAAGGAAGACCUCGCCAGCCCCAGCAGCGGGACAUGCGCGACCAACUUCGCAUUAAUCAGCUACAAGAAGACGAGCAGGCUCGCGAGUGGGUGUCGCAGGAGGAUAAGUUCGUGCUGCAGCAAGCCAAGAAGAAAGCCGUCAUCCGAGUCAAGGACAAGCGCGCAAAGCCCAUCGACUGGCUUGCGGUUAUUCUUCGAGUGAUCGAUCCUACGCGCAACCCGUUCGAGGAUGAGGUGCCGGAUUCGGAGAUCGACAUCAUGCAUCCAGAUGGCGUAUUCGAGGGCCUGUCGCAAAAGGAGUUGCAUGAGCUGGAGAAAGAGAUUGAUACAUUCCACAAGCUGGAGACGAAUGAGAAGAAUCGCGACUACUGGCAGACCAUGAAAGUUAUCUGCCGAGACCGGAAAAAGACCGAUGCGCCCGAAUCGCGAGCUUUGAAGCCUGUGGCUGCUGAUAUAGACCGGCUUCUCGGGCCCAAGACAUACGAGCAACUCCAGACCUUGGAAGUCCAGGUCAAGCGCAAACUGAACUCGAACGAACCUAUUGAUACGGAUUACUGGGAGGAGUUGCUCCGCAGUCUGGAAGUGCGGAAGGCCAAGGCUCGAAUGCGUUCUCUCUACCAGACAGUGAUCGAUGAGCGAGUCCGUGAACUACGAAAACAGCAGCGAGAAGAGGCAAAGGCUAUUCAGGAAAAACUAGCACCCCUUGCACCACUCAUCUCUGCAGAUGAGAGCCAGCUGAAUGACCCCGCCGAGUUCGAAGGCUUGGAUCCAGAGCCUUUGCUGCAAGUGCGUCCUGAAGACAAGGGACUAGAGAUCAUGGACGAAGACGUCUUUCUUGCCCAGGUGGCACGGGACCGUGAGAAAGUUCUUCGUAUGGGCUUCGUUCCCCUGCGUCAGCGACAGGCUGAGAAGCCUGCCACUACCUUCACCACUGGCUUCGCCCUCCCUGCGUCCAGCACCACCUCAGCUCCCCCGGCCGGCCACAGGUUUGCCACUCUCCCCAAUGAAGAUUUCUCGCAGGCGACCAAGGCUUUGUACGAAAGAGAAGUGGCCAAAGGCGUCAGUGAAAAUGAGGAAAUCUUCACUGGUGAGGAAUCUGUGGGAACAGGCCAAGAGCCUGCAUGGGCUGGCAAGUACCGGCCUCGCAAACCUCGGUAUUUCAACCGAGUCCAAAUGGGUUUCGAGUGGAACAAGUACAACCAAACGCAUUAUGACCAUGAUAACCCACCUCCCAAGGUAGUGCAGGGCUACAAGUUCAACAUUUUCUACCCGGAUCUCAUCGACAAGGCUAAAGCCCCUACCUACAAGAUCGAGCGGGAGAACGGUCGAAAGCGUGGACAGUCCUUUGCCGCGGCCGGAGAGGACGACACCUGCUUGAUCCGAUUCAUCGCCGGCGCCCCGUAUGAAGAUAUUGCCUUCCGCAUCGUCGACAAGGAGUGGGACUACAGCGCGAAGCGUGAGAGAGGUUUCAAAAGCACGUUCGAUAAGAUUUACUACCGGAAAUAG